CCCUUUUAUUAAAAGCCAACUAAAAGAAGAAGAAAAGGAAAGAAAUAUCUCUUCCAUAUUCCUUGCCUUCCAUCACUUUCCAGCUGUUUGAGAAUUUGGGUUUUUGGAUCCAAAGCCUUCUUUUCUCUCUCUAAAUCUUGAAGUCCAUCUGUCUGUCUAAGCUUUCAUCCAGAUCAGUCACAAAAAAGAAUUACCUUAAAUUCUUAAAAAUUGACAUCUGGAGAGCUGUAAAUGGACCAAUUUCCUGUUAUUCAUAUCCCAGAGUGAUCUCUUUUGAGGCAUAGAAAUUGAAGCGUUUGAGAGCUAAAAAAGGAGAUAAAUUUGGGUGUUUCAAGUGAUGAAUGGAAGCCAUCUGGAUUUUUCCUAUUAUUUAGUAUGAUAUGAACUUAAACGAAGAAGUGAGGAUUCAUAUAGCGACCUCAACUUGUUUGGGAUUGAGUCAUAGUUGUUGUUGUUGUUGUUGUAUAAAGAUUGAAGCUUUGGUGAGCUAAAAGGAGGAGAUAAUUUUGGGUAUUGGUUCAAAUAAUCAAUAGGGUCAUAUGGUUUUUUCCUCUUAUUUAGUAUAAUCAAGAAGUGGGAUUCAUAUAGCCGACCUCAACUUGUUCGUGACUGAGGCGUAGUUGUUCUUGUUGUUGUACAAAGAUUGAAGCUUUGGUGAGUUAAAAAAAGAGAUAAUUUUGGGUGUUUCAAAAAGAUCAAAUGGGGUCAUCUGGUUUUUUCCUCUUGUGUAUGCUUCAUUCUAUGGUGGCCUUAACUUCUGGAGCUUUGAUGAUGUUUUAUAGCAAUGAGGUAUUUAUAUUUAGCCAUGGAAGAGAGCGUGCGAGUAAGCUUUUUGGAUCGACACCGCAUGACCAAUUGAUAAUCCAAACAUCAGAUUCAUUCUCUGGUCUGCUUUUAUUUGCCAUUGGUUUUUUCUUGUUCAUGGUGGCAUUUGUUAAAGACAGAGAGUUUCACAAUUUCUUUGCUAAGGGAUGUGUCCUCCUUCAUAUAGCUAUGGCUGUUUGGAGAAUUUACUUUGAGAGGAAGCUUGAGGAGGAUCUCGGACACGAUUGGCUGAGAUUGGUUGUUGCUGACAUUGCUUUAGGACUUUCUUGGGUUUUCUUUCUCGUGUAUUCUUGGAGAGAGAAGUAUGAUUAGUCUUCGUUCGUCCCUUCGAGGGAUGAUACAGAGAAGAUUAGCAUGACCCUUGUUCAAGGAUGACAAAAACAAAUCAGAGAAAAGUGUGAUUAGUCUAUGUUGCCUUACUUCCUUUGUUUCAUAUAUGGAUCUUGUGGUUGCCAUUUUCAUGCCUUGAAGGGACACACAUUUGAGUCCAUAUUUAGAUGUUUAGAUGAAAAAAACUGUCUUUGUUCAAGUAUCACUCAACUACAUCGCAAUUCCGAACUAGUUGGAUUUGGCUAAAGAAUCUGAAAGUUUGCAGACUGAAAUCUGCUCUGCAAGAAGUUAGGUUUUGAACACAACCAGAUUGUGCUUCUUUGCUUUAAUCUUGUAUAGUACUUUCUUCCUUUUCUAUUUUUGUGGACAAUUCUUGUAAAGUGCUUCAUUUACUUGUGUAAGUUUCUGUUGAUAGAAUGAGAUGUGUUUGUGAUCUCCUGA